UUUGGCGUAUCGGACAUUAUGAAUCGUGUUAACGGGAUGCUUGUAGGCGGGUGCAGAUAAUAGCCAGUCUUACCUUGCCGCCAGCUUUUUGUUCAAAAUAACUUAUCAUUUUCAAAGAGAAACAAUUUAAAGGCGGCGGUCGUCAUGUUUAUCCGGAGCAUUAUUUGACAGCAAACCGGACAGUUCUUGAAAUUUGUUGCCGAGAUGUUGACGGACACGAGCGUGGACGAGGAGUUCGAACUGAAGGAGGAAGAACCCUGGUACGAUAAGCAAGACCUCGAAAACGACCUCCAGCUGGCCGCCGAGCUGGGCAAGUCGCUGCUGGAGAGGAACCGUGAGCUGGAACAGGGCCUGCAGCAAAUGUACACCAUCAACCAGGAGCACGUGCAGGAGAUCGAGCACCUGGGCAAGCAGGUGGAGCUCCUGCGGCAGGUGAAUGACCAGCACGCCAAAGUGUACGAGCAGCUGGACGUGGCGUCGCGCGAGCUGGAGCAGCGCAACCACGGGCUGACUCAGGACAACCGCGCGGCCCAUCGCAAGAUCCGCGGGCUGACGGAAACGGCGGAGGCGCUGCAGACGCGCGUGGACGAGCUGCAGCGGCAGGCGGACGACAUGAAGCUGGGACCCUCGCAGCCGGCCAAGGGGGCGCGGCGGAGGUCCCGCGUCGCACAGAGUCUGGAGGAACUGCAAAAUCUCAGGCAGUGCGACGGCGAUCCAGUGGAGUCGCUGGACGACGUGCAGCGUUGGCACGAGGAGCAGCAGGCGUCCCUGCGCCGCUCCCUCCACAGCCUCCAGGCGCAGUACGCGCGAGAACGCGCACGGCGAGAGGAGGCCGAGCGGGAGGCGGGGCUACUGAGCAGGGAGAACGCGGCGCUCGAGCAACAGCUGGCCGGCGUGGAGACGUCCAGGGUGCGAGUGUCGGAGUUGGAGCGAGAGGUCGAGGAGCUCCGUCACCUCUGGAAGUCUCAAUCCUUCUCCCGGCUGGACGUGGCGUACGCUCUCCCCGAGGAGGAGGAGCACGACGGGGAAAGCGAGCCGAGCUGCUCGUCCCCCCGAAGCCGACGGCCCCUCAAGCGAUGGGCCAGCGAGCGCCUCCUGAAGGCCAAGCACGGCGCCGAGCACGAGUGCUGGUGCGCCCGGCGGUCCGAUCCGGCGGAAUGCGGCGGCAUAUCGCUGCUGAACGAGGUGGACGCGCAGUACAGCGCCUUGCAGGUCAAAUACGAGCAGCUACUCAGGCACCUCGGAUUACAGCAGCGUCCACGAGAAGAAGAGGUGGAGGGGGAGGGGCUGAGCCACAAGGCCAUCCAGACCGUGGACCACAACGGCGGGUUCCACCAGCCCGAGUACAAGGAACUGUUCCGCAAGAUUUUCGCUCGCAUCCAAAAAACCAAAGAGGAGCUGAUGGAGAACAGGGCCAGGCCCGCUUGCACCUGACGCAAUACACUCAAGGCGACACCACCAGGGGUGGAAAAAAAACAAACAAAAAAUGCAACAUCUUCUUCUUAGUAAGCUUUUUUUGGCACUUUUGUUUUUUAAAUUUAUUGAUCACUGCUACUAGGGUGUAUGAUGCACUAUGAACUCUUAACGGGCUUGGCAAUAUGGCCUUAAACAAACAAAAAUCUUUACAGAUAUGUAAACAAGUGCUGCCUUUAGGUUCCUUGUACGUAAACAUGAUCCUGAAUGAAUUAACAUUUAAAAUCAUUUAAAUUGCAUGCCAGCAGGUCCACGCGUAGUUGUACAUAAUGUCUGUGGUCAUAUUUAAGUGCAAAUGACUUUAUGA